CAGCGAAGAAGAAGAACCAACAGCAGUCGACAAGACAUCAAACCUGCACCUCCGUCUGAACCCUGGGAAUCGAACCGUGAACCGAAAAGAAGCAAAACGAACACAGAGGACGUGUGAAGCAGAAGAAUUCAGAAUGUUUCUAACAUCCAACUCGAACAAAGUGAUGGCUGCCUGUGUUGUAGCGAUGAUGAUGAUGAUGAUGAUGAGCGAGGCGGGAGCGAUGCCGAGAGCAGGCGGCCAAUCAAAACACUCAGCAAGGACACGCAAUAAGACUCAUGAUGCUGCGGCAGGCAUGGUCCCCCUGCAACUGGACCCCAGAGCUUUCGUUCCUAUCACCAACAUCAGACCACUGGAGAACGCCUCCAUCUCCCCAUGGACGUACAACGAUUCCCAUGAUGCCUCUCUCCUCCCCCCGGUGCUGUCGGAGGCCCGCUGUCUGCUGCAGGGUUGUCUCAACCUGGAGGGCGUGGAGGACCAGAGCCUGCAGUCCCGACCCAUAAUGCACCAGGUGAUGAUGCUGCGACGGGUCAAGUCGGCAGCGGCGGAGAACUACCACUACAAGCUGGAGUCCCGCAUCAUCGCCGUGGGCUGCACCUGCGUCCGACCCACAAUCCAACAACAGCAAUGAGUCCAGACCAGGUCACGGGGUCAAACUGAGGAUUCAGCCAGAGGAGCAAUAAUACCAGAGAAAAAAACGUUAAAUUUAUAAAGAAAAUAUGAUCGUACAUUAGUAUCUAAAAGGCUAACUGACUUUUUGAACGACACAAUAUCAUCAAUUAUCUUAUUGAUAAAAUAA